AUUAAUCAUGAGCCUAACCUCUUUCUAGUGUUUCCGACACGUCACUGUCAAUCCCAAAUCUUUACAAUUAAUAUUGAACGAAAAUAAUCAAAUAAAAUCAAACAAAAAUUAAAAAAAAUAAGGACCUCAAAUUUUUUUUUUGUAUAUAUAUCGAUGAAUCACUCUCUCCCUGAAAAUCUAAACCUGCAAUCUCCAUUUGGUAUUUCUCCUUCGAAAACCCAAAAUUAAAAAUAAAUAACUAAUGGGGUUUCCGGCAAAUGGCUCGUCAGGGAAACCACUUAAGUUUCUGAUCUACGGUCGAACUGGUUGGAUCGGCGGUUUAUUAGGCAAACUCUGCGAAUCCAAGGGAAUCGACUUCGAGUACGGCUCAGGCCGGCUCGAGAACCGGCCGUCUCUCGAGUCCGACAUGGCGGCCGUGAAACCGACUCAUGUAUUCAAUGCCGCCGGAGUCACUGGGCGUCCGAACGUCGACUGGUGUGAAUCCCAUAAGGUCGAGACCAUCAGAACCAAUGUGGUCGGGACUCUUACCCUUGCUGACGUGUGCAGAGACAAAGGCCUUGUCUUAAUUAAUUAUGCUACGGGUUGUAUCUUUGAGUACGAUGCGGCUCAUCCGAUCCAAUCGGGUAUCGGGUUUAAGGAAGAGGAUACUCCGAAUUUCACGGGAUCCUUUUAUUCUAAGACUAAGGCUAUGGUGGAGGAGUUGCUCAAGAAUUAUGAGAAUGUAUGUACGUUGCGUGUUAGGAUGCCUAUUUCGUCUGAUCUAGCCAAUCCUCGGAAUUUUAUUACAAAAAUCACUCGAUAUGAUAAGGUGGUCAACAUUCCUAACUCGAUGACUAUCCUGGACGAACUUCUUCCUAUUUCAAUUGAGAUGGCCAAGAGGAACCUUACUGGAAUUUGGAACUUUACAAAUCCUGGAGUGGUCAGUCACAAUGAGAUUUUAGAAAUGUACCAUGACUACAUUGACUCCAACUUCACCUGGAAGAACUUCACUCUUGAGGAGCAGGCUAAGGUUAUCAUUGCCCCCAGGAGCAAUAAUGAACUUGAUGCCAGCAAAUUGAAGAAGGAAUUCCCUGAACUCUUAUCCAUUAAGGAGUCUCUUAUUAGGUAUGUAUUUGAGCCAAAUAAGAAGACUGUUGGAGCUUGAUCCCUGUUAAACUGAAGUAGGAAUCCCUGAGGUCUUGUUUGCUAGGGAGUGCCUCAAAAAGUUUGUCUUCAAGGUGAACCAAGAGACUAGUAGAGUUUGAAAAUUUAGGUUAUGAAUUCUUUGAUUUUCCUUUUUUUGUUUAUUGAAUUUGGUUCAUGUGGGUUGAUGCGAAUGUGAUAAUCUCCGCAAUAGGCACGCACCUCUGCCCAGAUGACACAAAGGAUUGCUGGUUUUGUAUUUGAAUAUUGUAUUCAUAUUAACGUUUGAAUAACUCAGUUGAAAAUGGUUUAUCUAAUUAUAAUAUACAUUUUGAGUUUACUGGUGUUGCCUCUUGCUUGGCUUGAUCAAACCUUUGUCUCAUGCUCAAUUUCUAGUUUGUUUUCUUUCUCAUCAAGUAAAAUACGGCACUUUAAAUGUAGAAAUUUUGGUCGUAACGAUUCCUUUUGAUUUGAAAUGGGGUUUGCAGGAUACCCGUUUAGUACUAUAAAUUUCAGCCGGUCAA